AUGUGGUCUGAAAACGAUAAACAAAAUACUUUGAAGGAUGUCACGAACGUGGCACCGUUUAAAAAACGAAGCAGAGAAGCGGACAUCGCUUCCUCAUCAAAAAUGAGGAAAUUAGAUGAAGAAAUAGAUGAUAAUACAUCAUCUAAGCAACAAAAACGGCCUGAUAAUGUAGGAGAACGCGAGCUACCACACUCAAUAACACGAUCAGAAGUUUAUAAAAGUAUAAACUUUAAACAAGUUACUAUCGAAUACUUCCUUCGUCCAGCCAAUAAAUUAUUAAAAAUCCCCGAAUCGGUCCGAAAUUAUCUGGAUUCAAAACCGAAACCAGUUAGCAAAUCGGCCGAGGGAGAGGUACAAUCUUGGUUUAAUGGGCUAAUGGAAGUAUCUAGCUUAACAUGGGAGGGAGUAUCAGCAGUUGACACACAUAAGAAUGGCUAUCUUGAAGGACUUAUGCCAGACAUUAGUGUUUUCGAGAACAAUGAUGUUGAAGAAAGGGCAUUUGUCUCGAAGUACGCCCAUACGGUAUUAGAGAUUAAGAAACAAAAGCAGCUAUCCGGCUUAGCUGAUGAGGAUAAAGGCCAGCUGCUGGACUAUAUCCGCAUACUUGUUCAACAAACAGCCAUUACGCCAAGAUUUCGCUGUGUUUCUUUCAGACGGGCGUUUUUUUUAUAUCCUGAGCUUCAAUAG